UCUUUCCACACGCCUGUGGUGCUAUAGAUGGACAAAGUUUAACACAGCAAAGCUGCCAAUUCUUUUCCUCUGUUGCAGAGAGGAAAACUGAAGAGGAGAUAUGACGGAAUAUGAUGAUCGCAGCUGUGCGUCAAAUAUGUUUUUACCGAGCUGCACUUAUUACGUUUCGUCGCCCGAUUUUACAUCAGUCUCCUCCUUUCUACCCCAGACGACUUCGUGUCAGAUUAAUUUCCCCUAUUCUUCCAAUAUAGCUCAAGUCCAACCUGUUCGAGAAGUCGCUUUCAGGGAUUACGGACUGGACCAUCCCAAAUGGCACUACAGGGGCAAUUACGCGUCUUACUACUCAACGGACGAGAUAAUGCACCGGGACUUAAUCCAGUCCUCCAGCAGCAGGGCGGAUGUGAUAUUCAAAAACGAGUCCUUGUAUGGCCACCACGGAGGGACAGGCUCGCCUUGCAAUUUCUUUACCAGCGUGGGUCGAAAUGGGGUUCUUCCCCAGGGCUUCGACCAGUUUUUUGACACUCCUAACUUGGACAAGCCCAACGCGGAGCUCCCCAAACAAAAGACAGACUCUAACGUUCCGGGUGAUGCUGCGAAUAACAAUCAGGCUUUGACCAAAGUAGAGCAACACAAAGCUGAUCAGACCGGGAACGUCGACGAGGACUCUUCCUCCAACUGUGGCGACAAGAUCAACCAGCAAAGUUCAUCAACCAAGUCCAGGAAGAAGAGGUGUCCCUACUCCAAAUACCAAAUUCGAGAACUUGAACGAGAGUUUUUCUUCAAUGUGUACAUUAACAAAGAGAAGCGGCUCCAGCUGUCCAGGAUGUUAAACCUGACAGAUCGGCAAGUGAAGAUUUGGUUUCAGAACAGAAGAAUGAAAGAGAAAAAGCUAAACCGCGACCGUCUACAGUAUUUCACUGGGAAUCCUUUGUUCUGAUACCUGGCAUAUCACACACAGACACACACUCACACGGGGGGAAAAAAAUCGCAAACACUUUUCCAAGUGGCUUCGUUGUCAGCUGUGAUUAACAGUUGAUUUCACAAAAAUCUGGCUUUAAAAAAAUUAAGUUGCCAAUAUUUUUUAUUAUUAAUAUUUUUGCACCAACUCUUGCAUUUAACCUGUUUAUUUGUAUUCUCAUAUUUUCGCGUUAUCGGUAGCAGAAAUUUCCGCAAAUUGCGAGCUGUGCUUUGAAAUAAUUUAUAUUAAAUAUAUGUAGGCUUUCUUCUUCUCUGAAUGUAUAUUUGUAAGGCGCAUGCAAUGCAAAUUGUGGUGUGAAUAAAAGUACGAAAAUAAAUAUGCUGUCACGAAACCGAUCACAUGGAGUCAACGAAGUUUUGCAAAAAACAAAACAAAACAAAACAACACACAAAAAAAAUCUUUACAUCGGGAAAGAUUUCUGAAUAAUUUAGGCGCUUGCAGUACUGUAUGGUCCCGUUAUUUCCUUUGCUUUGAAACACUUGAUUGUUUACUAAACCUUGAACCGUCUAGACACUAUAAUAAAAGUAGCUGUAAAUGUCUAAAUAGGGGGCUAUUGGACUUUGGCGUCCCAACCCCCAGACCACAUGAGGACUGAUUCUCCUUCCUGUCUUAAAAUACUUUAACUCCAGGCUAGAAAUGCUUAGAGAAUUUCUGCGCAUCGUUUCCAUAUUUAGCUCAUGCUGGCAUAUUGGGGCACUUGCAACUAAAGAAAUGGAAGACAAUGGGAAAUAUUCUAACCAGGGCGGUCUUCUAGAAGGAUACGUAUGUUUUUUUUUUCAUGUUUCUCUCCUUUUGCAGUAUUAUAAAUUGGAUAUAUGUUUCUUUGAUGGCUCUGAAUCUGCGAAGAAGAUAGAAGCGCAAAGUGAGCUUAUAGCAUGAAAUUUGUAAGCUCUUCCUUAUGUAGGUGAAGCAUUCCAUCUUUGUGUAGCUUCACCAUACACGAACCAUCAAGCUGCCUCUGCAAAAAGUGAAAAAAAUUUGAAUGCCAUAAAAAUAUAAGGUGCUGUAUAUCCUUCUCUCCCUUUUUUUGUAACCAGUAGGGGGGACGAACUAAAUAAAUGCACCAAUUUCGGACAAAACAGCCGCUUUAUUGAUAAUUCAUUUGUUAAAAGAUAUGCUAUCGCUCAUUUAUGCAACAAAAAUUACUCCCAUUUUUUUAGUGUCAGAAAAAGAAAACCUCUAUAGAGUGAUUUUUGCUAAUUUAGUACCACCUGGAUUACAUUUACCGUUUUCUUCCCCAAAAGGAUAUUAGAAAACUGAGGUUUCAUUAAGCAUUUAGAAGGGUGCUCAGCUUGUCCUGCAGUGCAAUUGCAUUACCAACUGUGAGGGGCGUUUCACUUUAAUUCUCAGUGUAGCCACAAGAGGGCACUCUCAUUUUUUACAGCCAUGCAGUCAAUUUAACAUCAACCCCACAUGAAAGCCUGUCAGUGAGGGAAUAAUCAGUUCAGCAAGCUGUUUGUUUACAUUUCUAUUUUAAUUAUUACUUCUUCCAGUCCACUAAAUUCAGCAGGGUUUGCAUGUUGUUGUUUUUUUUAUUUAAAGACUCAUUCCCUCCAAAGUGUUUCAUCCUCUUUUUUAAUGAACUGAUAAAGAACACCCAGAAACACAGCCUUGAGUUUCCUUAAAGAAAACAAGAACACAGUUAAUCAGAGAGCGCAUUACGUCUGUACUAACUGCUUCUCUGAAGGUAUGAAAUUCCUCACGAGAGUCUUGAAAACAGCAAACACAAUUUCAAAUAAUUUUCAUGCGUAUCGAAAUAACACCAGGAAUAUAAUUCUGUUCCGUUUCUUUGUUUGUGAUCCGCAUCAUAAAGGCUUAGACCUUUACCUGAGGGCCGCAUGAGCCUGAAGGCCAGUAAUAUCUCAUGUUUAUGCUAAAAGGAGCUGUGAAUAUUGACCCACAUUUGCUAUAUAUGUAUUUCCGUUCAAAUAUAUAUAUAUAUGUAACAUAUAUAUGUAACGUUUGUUUCUUUUAUUUUCAUUGUCAAAUUCUCAUCUAUUUGAGUCUAGUUAUUUACUUUACAAACAGGUACAGGUACUCCGAAUAAAGACCGAGUAUUGUCGCAGUUUUUAAGCUUUCUUGUUUUGCUUGUAACUAAAAUCAGCCAGUAAUUUUUUUUCUUGUUUUUAGAUUUUUUUUCUUUGUUUUUUAAUUUUACGCGCUCUACUCCAAGGUUUUAAAUACAAGUGAAUCUCUUGUUAUUUUCUUUAAAUUAUCACUGUUAAUAUUUCCACUGUUAACAAGACUAAUAAUGUCAGCAAUGAUGUCAACGAUCGUACGCAUCCUUCGGACCAUUUGACUUAAAAAUAUAUUUUGGAUCAAUGUGAUGUAUGAAUUGUUGAUUUUGCCUGAAGAGCAUACUGGCUUCCAAAUGAGUUUUUUUUUUUCAUUGUAUGUUAAAAUGUUAUCUUUGCAACAUUAUUGGAAACAUGAUA